GGGACAAAGUACGAUGUCCCACCCUCUUGCAAUACCCACUCCAUCAACCUUUCCCCAUUCAGAUUCACUUCCACCAAUAAAGCCAAACCCACAGACUAUUUUUAUGCACCUGCACCCCUCCCCCCUAUUUCUGCAUCUUAUUCUGAAUUUAAAAUGAAGAAGCAACACCUUCCAUCGGUGAUGUGGGAGACCAGAUCCGGUGAGAGUUGACCAGUCACACUUGAUGCUAUGAGGAAAGAAGAGGAAGAGGAAGGAGUGCAAUACAAGGAGGACGUACGAAUCACUGAAGAAGCUUUGAUCGGUUGCCUUGAUUCUUCAGAGGAAAAGGUCAUUAACAGAGAAUUCAAUUUGUCAGAAACAAGGAAAGUAAAAAAUUGUGUCACGCUUGAGUUGGAGGGAGGACCAUAAUUGUCAUCAAUAGCUAAUAUGCUCUUGUAAAUAUGCACAACAGGACAACAGGAUUCCAGAAAUUCCAUGGACAAAGAACCAUGCUACCGGGGCCAGGAAGUCCUCUCAGCAAUCAAAUAAUAAGGUCCACUUCUGAUAUAGAGUGCAUGCUCUCUCUUUUUGUCCAAAGUGCAUGCUAUUUGUUUUUGGUAAAUGCAUGCUUUUUUUCCAAUUUUGUAUUUGGGCCUUAGCAGUUGUGGAAAAUGAUGGUCCUAUAAGAUUUACACAUGAAAAAAGAUUUGUACAAUGUAGUCAAAGUGGGCUGCAUUUAAUGAGUGGUUCAUCAAGUGAAACAGAGUGCUUCAGAUUCCGAAUUCACUUUACGUCAAAAUGCUCAUGGGUAUUUAUUUCCCCAAUUCUGAGUUCAUGCAAGCUAAGAAGAAUUGUUAAUGUCAAUUUUUUUGUGUGGUUAAAAUGUCAAUUUGUUGGGAUAACAAGGCGUUUACGUGUUGUAAUCCAAAAAUAAGAUGCCAAACUCAUGAUGAAUUACUAAAUUAGAAAGUAAGCUAAGUAUAUAAUAAUGUUUGAGCAGUAUUAUUUGCUUGGCUAUUAACAUAUAUAACCCUUUAACCAGUACAACUUAUGUAUAAGUGUAGUUUCAAAAAAAAAACUUAUGUAUAAGUGUAAUUAGGUUCAUUUUAGUUUUAGAUAAACUUCAUUUUGCACAUUGGACAUCAAAAUAGGGAGUGAACUCUCGGGGAAGUUUCGUGGUUGGAGUGGGAAGAGAUACCAACAACAACCAUUAAACUUUGUAAAGUGACAUGAACUAGAAAUAUCUUCUUUUUCUAUAAAAAAAAAAAAACAGUAUCUUAUAAUCUUUCACACUUGCACAAUGAAUGUUUAUUUUGGUCAAUACACAAUGAAUGUGAAAGUAAAGCAAUUCCCACAUUAUUUCUUGGAACAUACAUCUUGUGCGUGUUUAGAUUAGAUUAGAACAGCGGACAGGACAAGCCAGCAAUGUUGGAUUUGAUGUGUUCUCCACACGUUAUUAUAUAGUUGAUCUGAUCAUCAUCCUUUGACUAACUCCACUCCACUCAAUAGCCGCCUCUCACCUCAUCAUCGUUCAAUGCAAAUUUAUUUAUUUUAUUCCAUUUGAAUGGAUUGAAUACAAAUAGAAUAGUAGCAACUAGCAACAUUUUUCCUUUCAUUUCUAUUGUGAUUAUUAUAUCCAAACUUGUCAGCAUCACUCACGCCAUGCUGGUCAAUGGAUGGUCUCUGCCUGCUAACUCUUUCCUUUCCUUUUGCACUUUGUCCUCCUAAUCUAAAGCCUCCACUUUUUCCUUUUGCUCUUCUCUUCUGAUGAGAUGACACAGGGAACAACUCUCAGUCGCAGCAGACAUAGACCAACAAAAUUCAUCCAAUCAACAUCAACACGACCCUGUUCUUCUUUUUUCAUGUACAUGUUUUCCAAAUUCAUAACACUAGUUUGUUGGUUCCUCCUCCUCCUCAUCCUUCAUGUUCAAGCCUCCUCUUGUAACCAACUUGAUAGAGACUCACUCUUGGCAUUCUCCAUGAACAUAUCCCCUCAUCCUCCUCUCAAUUGGUCUGCUUCUGUUGAUUGCUGCCUCUGGGAAGGUGUUGUUUGUGAUGAUGACCGACUCAGAGUUAUUCAUCUAUUGCUUCCAUCCAGAGCUCUCAUUGGAUUCAUCUCCCCAUCUCUCACAAACCUCACUGCUCUCUCUCACCUUAAUCUUUCAAAUAAUCGCUUAUCUGGUCAUCUCCCAACCCAGUUUUUCUCACUUUUAAACCACCUGCAGAUUCUUGAUUUGAGCUACAAUCGUCUCUCUGGUCAAUUGCCGCUCUUUGUUGCUAGUAACAGCAGUGCCAUUGGGAGUUUGAUAUCUUUUAAUGUUAGUAAAAACAGCUUCACAGGUCAAAUUCCCACUUCUCUCCUUUGCAGUAAAGACAACAACAACAACUCAUCGUCUCUCAGAUUCUUGGAUUUUUCCUACAACCAUUUUGAUGGCAGGAUUCAGCCUGGACUAGGAGCAUGUUCCCAGCUGGAGAAAUUUCGAGCAGGUUUCAAUUCACUGCAUGGUCCUCUUCCCACUGAUAUUUUUCAUACUGUUGCUCUCAAAGAAAUAUCAUUGCCCCUCAAUAAAUUCACUGGAACCAUUGCUGAUGAUAUAGCUAACCUGACCAACCUCACAGUUUUGGAGCUCUACUCCAAUAGUUUCACAGGCACCAUUCCCCGGGAUAUUGGCAACCUCUCCAAAUUGGAACGGCUAGUCCUUCGCGGCAACAAUCUAACUGGUUCUCUGCCACCAUCUCUGAUGAACUGUGUCAAUCUUGUCAUGUUGGAUUUAAGGAUCAACUCCUUGGAGGGAAAUCUCUCAGCUUUCAAUUUCUCCAAACUCCUCAGACUCACUACACUUGACCUUGGCAACAACAGCUUUACCGGUAUUUUGCCACCAACCCUCUAUGCUUGCAAGUCACUUAAGGCAGUGAGGCUAGCAUCUAAUCAGCUUGAGGGGCAGAUCUCACCAGACAUACUUAAACUUCAGUCUCUGGCUUUCCUAUCAGUUUCUACCAACAAUCUACAUAAUGUCACUGGGGCUCUAAGGAUUCUCAUGGGGUUUAAGAACCUUAGUACCCUUAUGCUCUCCCAGAAUUUUUUAGGUGAAAUGGUGCCAGAUGAUGCAAACAUAAUAGACCAGGAUGGAUUCCCAAAGAUCCAAGUUCUAGCCUUGGGUGCUUGUAAUUUCACAGGCCAAAUACCAGGCUGGCUUAUGAAGCUUAAGAAGCUUGAGGUCUUGGAUCUGUCCUAUAACCAAAUUAGUGGUGCAAUUCCUCCUUGGCUGGGCACACUUCCUCAGCUUUUCUACAUAGACUUGUCUUUUAACCAUCUUACAGGAAAAUUUCCUACAGAGCUUACAAGGCUUCCAGCACUGACAUCUGAGCUGGCAUAUGAUAAAGCAGAAAGGACUUACCUGGAGUUACCCCUAUUUGCUAAUGCCAACAAUGUUUCCCAGCUGCAAUAUUAUCAGCUUUCGAACCUGCCUCCAGCAUUAUAUGUGGGAAACAAUAGCCUCAGUGGCAGUAUCCCCAUCGAUAUUGGGAAACUGAAAGUCCUUCAUCACCUUGAUCUCAGUUGUAACAAAUUCUCUGGCAAUAUCCCAGUUCAAAUUUCUAACUUGACUAACUUAGAGAAACUAUACCUCUCAGGAAACCAACUAUCUGGUAAAAUUCCUGCUUCUCUCAACCAUUUGCAUUUUCUGUCUUUUUUCAGUGUAGCACACAAUGAUCUUUGUGGACAGAUACCAAAUGGCGUUCAAUUUGAUACUUUCCCACCCUCCAGCUUUGAAGGAAACCCUCAAUUGUGUGGUUCAGUUAUUCAGCGCCCUUGUCUUCCUAGAAAAGGUGGUGCUGCAGGUGGUCACAGUAAAAAAAGAAAUAUAACUAUUGGAUUUGUCAUUGCAGCUUGUUUUGGUACUGUUUCAUUCAUUUCAGUGUUGAUAGUAUGGAUAGUAGCCAAGAGGAGGAUCAAUCCUGGAGGAGACCUUGACAUGAUUGAACCAGAAUCAAUUUAUGCCAACUCUAACAGUGGGGUCCAUCAGGAGUUUGACAAGGAAGCUAGCUUAGUGGUAUUGUUCCCUAAUAAAACAAAUGAAAUCAAGGACCUUACCAUGCUUGAAAUAUUAAAUGCCACUGAAAAUUUCAGUCAGGAAAACAUUAUAGGCUGUGGAGGCUUUGGUUUGGUUUAUAAAGCAACGUUACCAGAUGGAACUACUCUAGCCAUCAAGAAACUUUCAGGAGAUAUGGGUCUAAUGGAGAGGGAAUUCAAAGCAGAGGUAGAGGCUUUGUCAACAGCACAACAUGAAAAUCUGGUUGUAUUGGAAGGCUAUUGUGUGCACGAGGGCUUUCGACUUCUCAUAUAUAAUUACAUGGAAAAUGGAAGUCUGGAUUACUGGUUGCAUGAAAAGGCUGAUGGUCCAUCUCAACUUGAUUGGCCUACUCGACUGAAGAUAGCACAAGGUACAAGUUGUGGAUUGGCUUACCUGCAUCAGAUAUGUGAACCACACAUAGUGCAUCGUGAUAUAAAGUCAAGCAAUAUACUCCUUGAUGAAAAGUUUGAGGCACAUGUAGCUGAUUUUGGGUUGGCGCGAUCGAUUCUUCCUUAUCAUACUCAUGUUUCAACUGAACUUGUUGGUACAUUAGGUUACAUUCCCCCAGAAUACGGACAAGCAUGGAUAGCAACUCUCAGAGGAGAUAUCUAUAGCUUGGGGGUUGUCAUGCUUGAGCUGCUCACUGGGAGGAGGCCUGUGGAUCUAUCCCGGCCCAAAAUGUCAGCGGAGUUGGUUGCCUGGGUUCAACAAAUGAGGAGUGAAAGAAAACAAGAUCAAGUCUUUGAUCCUCGUUUGAUAAGGAAAGGCUAUGAAGAAGAGAUGGUGCAGGUGCUUGAUGUGGCCUGCAUGUGUGUCAACCAGAAUCCUUUCAAGAGACCAAGCAUCAAAGAAGUUGUUGAAUGGUUGAAGAACGUAGGAUCAUCCAACCAGGAUAAUGCAUAUGAAUAAAGAGCAGAGGAUAUUUUAGUUCUUGACAAUUUUUACAGUAGGUAUGUAUACUUGUGCAGAAAAAUUGCAUUGCUAUAAAUACAGAAUCAUUUCUUUCACUGUAAAUGAGGAUUCUCCCUAUCAGAGUAAUUUCUUAUGCAGAAACUAUAACUUCACAGACAGCUUUUAGCUCUUCCCGAUGAAUUCAGCAUCCUGAACUCCACAAGCCUAUGUUAUGUCAUAAAUGUUUUAUCAUGAAUUAAAUGUUGAAGUUUAUGGCUUA